AUGUGGGCCGCCGGCUUCGAGCGCCACGUCGUGGGGGGCCGCGUCUACUACACCCUCGCGGGGUGCCCGCCGCCGCCGGCCGGCGCUUACGGCCGGGAAGGGGCCGAGGCAGCCGCGCAGGCGCCCGUCUUGCUGCUCCACGGGGUGGGGGCUGGCGUGGUCCCUUACCUCGGACUCAUCCUCAGGCUGGCGGGCACAGGCCGCCCCCUGGUGGUCCCUGAGUUCCGCCACAUCAGCAUGCGGCUGACCGAUGACAUCCCCACCAUCGAGCAGCUCGUGGCAUCAACGACCGCCUUCCUGCAGCUGAUAGGCCACGAGAAGGUGCACGUCGUGGCCCACUCCUAUGGCAGCCUGGUGGCCGCGCGGCUCUGCCGGCUGCACCCCAAGGCCGUCUCCAGCCUGGCGCUCAUGGACCCCGUGUGCUUCGGGAUGUUCAUGCCCGCGCUGCUGCGCACGUUCCUCUACUCAUUUCCGUCCAGCGGCCACCCCAUCCUGGACCUGGGACUGUACCUUGUGUCGCGUGAAAUCCACAUGACAGCCACGUUCUGCAGGGAGUUUUACUGGAGCGACGUCAACCUGUGGGCAGACGAGCUGCCGCGCCACACCCUGGUGUACCUCGGCGGCCGCGACCGCCUGUGCGAGGCCGCCGGCGUCCGCCGCUGGCUCGCGUCCGAGGCGCCCGCCGCGCGCGUCGUGUUCGACGCCGCCGCGCGCCACGGGGAGAUGCUCGCGCGCCCGGGGCUGCUGGAGCAGCUGCUGGCGCAGUGGGCGGGGGUUGCCGCGGCGGGCGACGCCGGGGCGGAGGGCGGGGUGGAGGGGGCCCUGGAGGGAGUGCUGUCUUCGCCUUUUGCCGGCAGGGAGGCGUGCCCUUUGACUGCGGCGGCGGCGGAGGAGGCAGAGGGGGAGGAGGAGGAGGCAGAGGGGGAGGAGGAACAAGAGGAAGAGCUGCGGCGGUGCCAGCAGCCAGGGGCCGCGGCGCGGGCGCGUGCCGCCGCCAGCCGCGCGGCCGCGUGGCGGCUCCUGGCGCCCGCAAGCGGCAGCCCUGACGGCGGCGUGCUUGUGCCCGCAGGGGCUGGCCCCGACGCCGACUGCAGUGCAGCGCCGCCGUCGCAGCUGGCGCCCUCCCCGCCCUCACCUCAGUCGUCGCUCUCCCCCUUGUCUUCCGCCGGCAUCGACGCGCUAACCUCGGACGCGCUCGACGCGUCCGAGGCGGGCGCGGAGUUUGAUGAUCUGGGGGACGCCGCGGUGCUCGGCGGCGCGGCAGCGCGGCGGCUCUCGCCGUCGUGGGCGCGGCGGGAGGCCGGGUCUGCGGCGGCCCGCGCCGGCGGCGACGGGCUGUUGUUUGUCCAAGGCACCUCGCGCUUUGCCUGCGCGAAACUGGCGAGGCCGGCCGGCCGCGGCGGCCUGUCUGGCAGCGCGACCGUGGACUUGGGGGCACUCUCGCGCUGCGGCCCGCGCCGCGCAGACGCCGACGUCGCCGCGGCUACGACAGCAACGGCGGCGGCGGCCGCGCGGCUGGCGACGGCGCUAGCGAGGCGGGAGGCCGCGGAGGCGCGGGCGCGGCUUGAGGGGCGCCUGGGGCUGCAGCAGAGCAUGUGGCAGUAG